AGGACUACCCACUUACACAACACCACGGCAAUCCGUCUUCCCAUCGCACUCAUAACUCGACGCAACAUAGCUAGGGAAUGUCCAAUUUUGAACGCGAGGGCCGAACGCUCAUUACCGAGGCUGACAAGAAGGCUUCAUAUAAGGGAUGGUUCGGCAACAACAAGUUAGAUGAUGCCGCUGACUUGUACGGCAAAGCCGCUAAUGCUUUCAAAUUGGCAAAGAAAUGGAAGGAAGCUGGAGACGCCUUCAUAGCCCAAGCGAAUGUCCUGAAUCGAAUGAAUGAACGAGAUGAAGCAUCGUCAUCUUAUAUGAAUGCAGCAAAGUGCUUCAAAAAGAAUAGCCCUCAAGAUGCUGUAAAUGCCCUUCAACAGGCUGUAGAGAUUCUGACGGAGCGUGGCCGAUUUCAAGCUGCUGCAAACAACCAAAAGCAAAUAGCAGAGAUAUAUGAAACGGAUCUAGCUGAUUUCGAAAAGGCGAUGCAUGCGUACGAAAUGGCCGCUGAGUGGUACCAUGGGGAGGACUCAAAUGCUCAAGCAAAUGGGUGUCUACUAAAAGUCGGCACGUUUGCCGCGCAGAUUGAACAAUAUGACAAGGCUAUCGAGAAAUUCGAGCAAGUAGCCACCAACAGCAUGGACAACCAGUUGACGCGUUUUUCGCUGAGAGAGUACUUUUUGAAGGCUGGACUAUGCUAUUUGUGCACACAAGACUUUGUCAGGGCUCGACAAGCACUGGAACGAUACCAAAAUCUUGACGUAACAUUUGCGCAAACUCGAGAGUGCAAUUUCUUAAAGGCCCUGGUGGAGGCCCUUGAGGCGCAAGAUGUUCAAGCUUUCACGGAUGUUGUAGCGGACUGGGAUCGACUGACGAAACUUGACAGUUGGAAGACCACUCUCCUUUUGCGAGUGAAAAAGUCUCUUGGCGAAGAAAUGGAUUUUACGUGAUCAAAAUCUGCUCUAUAUCACAUUGCUUGGACAGCCAGUGUAAUGAAAUAUCAGCAUAUAUAUAAUAUUCUCUUGUC